UGUUGCAAAUGAAAUAACGCCACCAUGUCAGGGAACGACAACCGAAGCACGGUAGAUGUAGAUGCUGCUUUUCUCAAAUCCAGGAGGGGAAUAGUCAAAGUGGCAGAGACGGGAACCCUGCUUGUUGCAUUUGUGUGUUUCGCUGUUGCCUCCACGCCAAAGUACCUUACGGCCACAUUGUUGGAGUUUCUAAUCACUCUACUUCUGCUGCUUUUGUACCUACUGAAACUCAACAAGAGGAUCACAUUCCUGUUUUGGCCUAUUGUUGACGUUUUCAACUCAGUGUUUGCAGCGAUCUACCUCCUUGUCUUGAGCCUGAUGGCGUUGACUUCGAGCUCCUUCACGGGAACACUGGUUGGAGGGGUGGUGAGCUUAAUUUCAGCUGGACUUCUAUUUGUGGACAGCUGCAUGCUUUUCAGAAACAUCACAUUCAACAAAUCAAGAAAUGAAACACAGAAUCAAAGCCAAGGAUAAAAACUACAAAGUCACUGAAACAGCAUUAAAAGGAGGCUGCAAGCCUCAUCAGCUCAAGAGCGUAUCUGUAUUGCAUUUAGAGACAGUUAUAUAUUUUUCAAUGUUUCUGGCCCAAUUUACUACAUUAUGUAACACCAAUAUGACUACAUUUUUGUCAUAUUAUUAAAUGCAGAAAAUAUUUUGUUCAACAUAAGUCUUAAAUAAAUACACGUACCACAUAAUUACUUAAUAUAUCUGAUCAUCUUGGGGAAACCUGUCAGAAAAUGUGUCAUUUAUUUUCUGUCCGAUUAAAUUGUGUUUUACUUUGAA